AUGGACAAGUUAGUGAAAGAUGGAGAAUCCUGGAAUGAGAACAACGGUUGCAUACAUUGCACAUGCGUAGAUGGCGAACAAAAAUGCAUUAUUACUGAGUGUAGAACUCCCAACUGUGAUAAUCCCGUGACACAUAUUGGUCAGUGCUGUGCGACAUGUCUGGAUGAGCCGGAUGACCAGCAUAAGCAUGUGCUCUUAACAAGUGACAACAGCAUGACAACGGAGCCCAGCAUCGCAGUCUCCAACGCUAUACAAGAGAACGUAGAAAGCACUACCAAAUCAUCUAAUGUGGACUAUAGUGGUACAGAUUCUGUUGGUAGCAAUGUGAGCCCACAGAUCACCAGUGAAGCUUCCAAUUCUAAGCAAUGGAAAGUAGAGAGUACCACAACAACUUUCAAUUAUGUCAGAAAGACUGACACAGCUUCCACCAUCCCCAACGAGACCUCGGAAAGUACUAUCAGCAAGGAAAUAGGGAGCACACCGUUAGAUUCUUCCACCACCACCACCACUGAGAACUCGCAGAUUAGCAGCAUUGUUUCAAUUUCAAUCGAAAAGAACGUAGAGAGCACAAAUAAUGCAUCAAAUAUAAAUAUAAUCUUCGACAUUGUGAGGACGAAGAAUGCUAGCGAUGCUUCAACUCCUUUGCCAGAGAGCACAGCAUCAGCUACCACGAUAAAUAGAGAGAUCGGCUCAUCUUCCACCAACAGCAUGGGAACGGAGAACAGCAGCACAUCUCCAACUCCUAUACAGGAAAGCACUACAUCAGCUUCCAAAAUAAAUGGAGAGAUCGGCACAGCUUCUACCACCGUGAUGGAUAGAACCAGGCCAGCUUCAACUGCAACACCAGAGAACGAGGAGAUCACAACGAAAACUUCCAGAAUCAGCGCAGAGAGCGUAGAAAGCAGCAGUACUCCAAAGGUUGCUAACGCCCUGACCACAGACAACAUAAACAAUCGCACUCAUAAUUAUGGGAAAGAAAUUAUAGAGAGCAGUAGCCCCGCUUCCAAUAUCGGCAGAGACAUAUCUAUGAAGACCACAGAGCAUCCAGACCGACGGACCGAAGCGCCAGAGCUUCAGACGCCCGAGUCCACCAGCCAACACAAAGACAGGAACAUAAAUGAAUCGGAUUUUCGCAUAGCCACCAGUGGCACUAAUCCUCCUUUUCAGAUAAAUGAAUUCUCUGGGAUAUGGCUAUAUGCAGGCAUCGCGGUGGCAUGUAUUGUUUUUGUGUUAUGCAUACUUUUGUUUUGGCUGUGCUGUUGUAAAAACCGCCCAAAGAUCUACUCCUCGGUACCCAACUCGGAGUUUAAUCUGAAUAAGCCAAUCACAACCGAAUUGGUCUCUACAACAAAAAUAUAG